AAUAUUCUCUAAAAUGGAGUCGAACGAUACUGAAGAAUUUAACGCUUUGGCUGAAGAGCAUCAACAAAUCAUCCGCGACUUUGAAGAGUACCAUGAAAAAGUCCUAGAAUUAACUGGAGAUUUGUCAGAUUGGAAGCAAAUCAGCGACAGGAAUGGAAUGCAGAUCUAUACACAAAGUGCCGAAGGAAAAGGAAAAUAUGUUAGAGCAGAAGGAGAGUUUGAUUUUCCUGCUUCCUUAGUUGCCGAUUACGCUUGAGAUACCGAAAUCAGAUGUGAAAUCGAAAAAAUGUUAAAAGAAGCUACAAUUGUCGAGGAAAUUGGGAGUGGACUGGGAUAUGAAUAUGCAAGGAUGAAGGGAUCUUUUAUAUUCUCAGACAGAGAUUUCUGCACUGUGAGACAUAGAAAAGAAGAAGAAAAUGGGAGAAUUAUUAUCACUGCUUAUAGUGCUGAACAUCCUGAUUGCCCAAAAGUAAAGAAAGCAGUUAGAGGAACCAUGCACAUUUUUGGAUAUGUUAUAACUCCUAACUCAGAAGACGAUCAAAAAUGCACAGCUCAGUUAAUUGUCCAUGCUAACCUUGGAGGAAAUAUUCCAGGAAUGAUCGCAAAUAAGGUUGUUGAAGCAAAUGGAAAAUUCUUGCACAAGCUUAACAAGAAGCUAAAGGCUGAUUCAGAAGAGUAGAAAUAUCUAAAAUGAUAACCUGACUUGAUUGCA